AUGGCUCUCUCGUGCUCUGAACGGCUUAAAACGCGUUGUUCUCCAACUCUUGGCCAGACAGAAGAGGUGAUCUCAAGUGACAGAAUUCAGGUAUUGGAAUUGCAGUCAGUUUCUUCACUCUCCAUGCAACGGCCCAAAUGGUCGCUCAGGCAUGCCAACCGUCGCCACAUGAACACCAUUUUAUGGGUUAAUUUAUCGGUCUCGGUCGCUACAGCGAGACGACCCGACAAUCUGGAACACGCACAGCAACAAGGCAUGGACAAUAAAACCGUUCACCCUCUGGCCAGUCGGGACUUGACGUGCCCGAAACCGCUUUCUUCUUUUAAGGCAAGAGAGAGAGAGAGAUAG